GAGACUCUUCCAAGCAGCUGCUUUCCUUGCCUUCCCCCUUCAGGAGAACCAGGUUCGGCUGCCAUGGCCGUGUGGGUCCUUUUGCUGCUGAUGGUCUCAGAUCAAGCCUCAAAGACCUUCUGCCGUGAUGAAUCGGUAAUGACCAGCUUGCAGAGCAGAGAAGAAUACAGUGAUGAUAACUAUUCUGAGUCUAGUGAAGACAUCAUAGAAGAAAAUAAGAGAAGCCUGAGCCUUGAAGAACUGGAGAGGGUGAAGAACAUCAUUAAGAUGAGCACACCCACCACGAAGAAGGUGCCCAACCCACCUGUGAAUUUGCCACUGAGGUUUGGCAGAAACAUUCAGGAAGAGAGAAGCAUCAAGCCUGCAGCAAACCUACCUCUCCGGUUUGGAAGGGCCUCUGCCAGAAGCCUUGCUCGGCACACCUAUGAUGAAGUCCAAAACAGCUGAAGGGCACCAGGUCAUAGAAAGCUGCUCUGUGUGUUAUUCAUUCAAUAAACAACUUCUAAUCCCAACCUCAUUACCAAUCUGAAUUGAUGUAAUAAUAUACUGUUAUGAAUUUGCCAGGUCAAUGUGAAUAAAAUAUUCCCUGGAAG